GACUGAUUGUAUAUUUUGGGAUGAUGGUCGGGGCCUUCCUCUGGGGGGCUAUGGCCGACCGGAUAGGCCGCCGCCAGUCUCUUCUCAUCUGUCUCUCUAUCAACAGUGUAUUCUCCUUCUUCUCCUCCUUCGUCCAGGGAUACGGCACCUUUCUGUUCUGCCGACUCCUCUCGGGUGUUGGGAUUGGUGGCUCUAUUCCCAUCGUGUUUUCCUACUACUCUGAGUUCCUGUCCCAGGAGAAACGUGGAGAGCACCUCAGUUGGCUCUGCAUGUUCUGGAUGAUUGGCGGGAUAUACGCAUCUGCCAUGGCCUGGGCUAUUAUCCCACAUUACGGAUGGAGUUUCCAGAUGGGCUCGGCCUAUCAGUUCCAUAGCUGGCGUGUGUUUGUGUUAGUGUGCGCGUUUCCCGCUGUCGCAGCCAUCGCUGCCCUCAGUGCCAUGCCAGAGAGCCCACGCUUCUACUUAGAGAACGGCAAACAUGACGAAGGCUGGAUGAUUUUGAAGCAAGUUCACGACACUAACAUGCGAGCAAAGGGACACCCAGAGAAAGUGUUUUCUGUCACCACAAUUAAGACGGUGAAACAGAUGGAUGAGUUGUCGGACAUUGGCACCGACACUCCGGUCUGGCAGCGCUACAGGCUGAAGAUCGUGAGCCUCUCCCAUCAGAUUAGGAACAACAUCCUUGCCUGCUUCAGCCCAGAAUAUAAACGGACCACUUUCAUGCUCAUGGCUGUUUGGUUUACCAUGUCUUUCAGCUACUACGGUCUGACAGUGUGGUUCCCAGACAUGAUCAAGUACAUCCAGAGGCAGGAAUAUGACUCACGCACAAAGACCUUCACUAAGGAGCGAAUGGAUCACGCCACUUUGAACUUCACCAUGGAAAACCAAGUGCAUCGCCAAGGACACUUUUUCAAUGACAAGUUCCUGAACCUGAAGAUGAAGUCCAUGGUGUUUGAAGACUCAGUGUUUGAGGAGUGCUACUUUGAGGACAUCACCUCCACACACACCUUCUUCAGAAACUGCACCUUCAUUGCAAGUUUGUUCUACAACACAGAUUUAUUCAAGUACAGGUUUGUGGACUGUAAACUACUCAACAGCACCUUCCUCCACAACAAAGAGGGCUGCAUACUGGACUUCAGCGACGACUUCAACAAUGCCUACAUGAUUUACUUUGUCAACUUCCUCGGCACGUUGGCGGUGUUGCCUGGCAACAUCGUGUCAGCUCUUUUAAUGGACAAAAUUGGGCGUUUAAGGAUGCUGGCGGGAUCCAGUGUCAUAUCUUGUAUCAGCUGUUUCUUCCUGAUGUUCGGCAACAGUGAGUCGGGGAUGAUCGCCCUCUUGUGCCUGUUUGGUGGCAUCAGCAUCGCCUCGUGGAAUGCCCUGGAUGUGAUCACAGUGGAGCUCUACCCCUCGGACAAAAGGUGCACAGCGUUUGGCUUCCUGAACGCCCUCUGUAAGCUGGCGGCGGUCCUGGGCAUCAGCAUCUUCCAGUCAUUCGUCGGCAUCACCAAGGCCGUACCCAUCAUAUUCGCUGCAGGCGCCCUCGCUGCAGGUAGUUUCCUUGCGACAAAGUUGCCUGAAACACGAGGCCAAGUGUUGCAGUAAAACAAAUGACCAGCAGUUGGCAGCAGAGCACAGCUGGAGUGUGUGUUUGACAACAAAAGGCCCGAACAUCCCAGAGAGCUGCCGCCACACACCAACAGAGCAGACUGCCAUCCCCAUUGUAAGCCCAGAAUCCUUUGAAACACGGAUUGCAUCAUUUAAAGUCUAUAGAGCGAUAAAGAGUAGAACACACAUUCCUAUGUCAUAAUAACACGUCUAAAUCUGUAUGAUAACACUUUCAGCUGAGGACAGAAAUGUUAAACGCAGAGAUGAGACUGUAGAAAAAAGCCAUUCAUGGGGAACGUGAAAAUAUUUAGUCCAUGAAUGUGGUAGGUUUUCAUAUAUGAAUACAAUGUUUUACUUUCCUGUCUGUCCGAGCAGCUUUCACACCAAGUACUUGGCAUCAGUGACUGGUUUUCAGUGCUGCUUUUUCAUAUCACUGCUUGUACAAUUUACUCCACAUUUCCAUUGAGGCUUUGAUAGACGUGAGAAAGAUCUCACAAUGAAUUUCAGGGCGAUUAUAUUUCCUCUGAAAUGGCCCAUGACCCUUGAUCACUGCCAUCUAAAACCAGAACAGUUUUUACCAAAUGAUAUAAAAACAUUCCAGUGAGACUUCAUUUAUUCAGAAAUCCUUAUGCCUGCAGUCCUCGACUGAAAGGUGAAACGCAGACAGGCGAAGAUGCAUUUCACAGGAUUCUUAGUUGUAAAUGGGAAUGGUUUGAUCCAGCUCCUCUCGUGUUUUCCCCUCCCUGUUGUUGAACCAUGCAGCUGUGGCAGUGUGAUGUCUGCAACACAGAAACGCAUUUUGGUCAAGUGCUUGAUGUUGAGAGAAGAUACUUCAGUGUAAUUUUUGUAAAUUAGUAGUGUGAGUGUGCAUGUGUGUCGUUAUGAAAGUGUUUCAUGUGUUUCAGUGCAGCCAUGGAGAGCAUCUCUUACUGAUCCAACAGCAGGAUGUACGGAGCAGCAGUCACAUCCAUUUAUAUCAAAUACAAGUCACGCAGUAGUUCAGGUGUGGUGAAAUGUUUAGGCCACUUUUACAGCUGGUGUUAAGUUUAAGCAACAAUUCACCAAUUUAUUGUACAUGCUGGAUAGUUCUCUUAUUUAAAAAAAUCCUUUUAUUUGCCUUAAUAUGAAAACAAGUCAUAAAUGAAUGGAAAAGUUUGUUCCAUGGAAACACGAAAUUGACAAAACUAUAAAUAUUUUUGCUGAACGUUUAACCACAACUCUUUUCAGUAGUUAUUGUCAGAAUGAAACUCUGGAAAAGUAAUGAAAAAUGACCGUAAUAUAAUUUUGUUAUAACUGUAUUUGGUUGUUUUAUAUUUUCCUGUAUGACCUUAAACAAACAAUGCAGUAUCCUUCCCUAACUUGUGUUAACGCCCCAAUGAGUCAUGAUGUGACUUCAUUAUUCUCAUAAGCACAAAUUAAACACAUCUGAAGUCCUAUUGAUCAGACAGCAUGGCACAUAAGGGUCUAAUUUCAUUUUAAGGGCUUCUAAUCCUGCCAGAAUACAUAUGUGCCACAAAAAGUGAAAUCCCUCACUGUGUUGCUACAUGAUUAUGCUUAAUCGAGAAGUACACAAAUACACAAGACCAUAGCUUAUUGUGACUUUGUUCUAAAUUGGACACAAUUUCUCCAAAGUAAAGCUAACUGAGUACCAUUAUAUAUACAUAUCAUUACUUAGUCGAUCAUUUCUCCAAAGGUGUACAUCAACAUGUGUGCUGACAAUCAGUGAGUGUAUGUAGGUGCUGCUGCCCAGUAGAGCAUGUUGUUUGACCUGAAGACGUCCUCUGGAUUGUGUGUGUGUGUGUGUGUGUGUGUGUGUGUGUGUGUGUGUGUGUGUGUGUGUGUGUGUGUGUGUGUGUGUGUAAGCUGACUCUAAAUCGUCUGUCACAUAUUUUUCUACUUUUUUCUGUUGCGGUGUUUUCAUCCCUGCGAUGAAUGCAGCUCAGUUGGGGACCAUGAAAAUAUAUUUACACUAAAGAGAAGAAAAAACAACAAUAUAUGCAGUGUAGAAUUGUAUGUGCUGUUCUUCAUGAUAGACUCGGGUGCUCUUUUGCUGAUUACAAUUCAGUCUUUGAAAACCAACCCCAUCAAAGAUAGCCAGUCUAAUAGAUGUCUGUUCUCGGUUUAGAAAUAUGGAAAAGGAUCAAAUCUUAAACGAACAAAAACAACUUUGCCCUCUAAUCCUUCUGUAUUCAAUCGUGACGCAUGUUUGUAUCGUAUUGUCUCACUUCUUGAACGUCCUGUAUGCCAGCUGUUUUUGUCUAAAGCAAGAACUAGUGUUUUCAUUGUUGUAUGAUGACAUAGAUUUGUUGCUUGCAGUGAUUGUUCUUAAUCAAAGUGGGGUUUAAAAUUGGUGAAACUUGAGUAUGUGUUCUGAAAGUAAGUUAGUGGUGACUGUGCUCCUUGUUUACCUUAGACCCAGAUAACUCUUUUUUUAAAUAAAUAUAUAUAUAUAUAUAAAUAUGCCUAAAGUUCAGCAGAGAAUGCUUGUAACUGCAGUUCAUCUUGUCAAAGAGGUACAAGAUAUGGCCAGAAAAUGGCAACAUGCUUAGUGAGAAUGGAGCCAGAAUAAGUCCAAUUCGACAUUCACAUGUUUGUCCAUUUGAAACUAUUUUGAAAAGCGGAAUUGUGAGCAAUAACGUGGAGGCUUUCACUAAAUCUGAGGAAACAGAAAGUCUGUGUUAGAUCCAAGAGGACCACCAAAAGAUUUAUCAACUCAUCAAAAGAGCUCCCUCUGUCAAAUUGAAGCUCCUUUCCAAAAUGUUAAAGUUUACUAUUUAAUGUUACUAUGUGUAGAAUUUGCAUUCUAUAUAAAUAUAUAUGUAUAAACUAUCAAAAGGGUCACUGGUUUGAGUUUUCUCUAUGACGGCAGUGAUAUGGGAUGUGUUAGCAAACACCUGCCUGAAGACUUCCAUUAAUGAUGGCGGUCUGAUAAAGGGGUGGAGGUCUUUUUAUGGCAUGGUUUCUGUUUCCUUUAGAGCACACGGAUCAGUUCUGAAUGAGUCCUGAAAAAAAAGGGCCAACUCAUGCCAGAAAACAACUCCAUCUGUAAAAGAACGGCAAGAAUCCUUCACUGUAGUUUGGACUUUGGGAAUUUAUGUUUGUGUUUUCUUUAGUUUGACUCUGAGCUGUUUAUUAAAUGAUAAAAGUUCUACUCUUAAUGUGAGUUCAAUUCUGAAAAAUCAAUGUACUGUGUGUAGAAACUGUAGAUGUUUGUACGUGCAAGUUUGGAAUUUGUGGAACAAAAGAUCAAUGAAAACAAUUCCAAAAAAGUUCAAUAUGACACAAAAAUCUAUCGUGUGUUGUCUUUGUGUUUUGUAAAUGAAGACUGAAAAUCUUGGUACAUUCAGUAUUUAUUACUUCUGGAUAUUGAGAAUAUUUUAGUGAUGCUGAAAAGGUGCUGUAUUUAUUUUACGUGAGAGUUGUUCAUUAUUCCAGGAUUGGCCCUUUAUCCAGUUCUUUGAAGGAAAUCAUAAUGGAAAUAAAACCUGAAAGAAAACCCA